GUCAGAGAAGUCGCGAAGCAGUGUCAUCGUGGUCAACUAAGAUCGCAAUUAGCGCGUCAGAAUUCCCAAGAAUGACGUUCCCGUCGUCUUUCUUGCCGGUAGUGUUGUCAUCUCUGCUUUUUACGCUCCUUUUAACCGUUUCGUCGAUCCAAGGCCAGGGAUACGAAGAUGAUGACUGUACCGUGGACAAUGGACCUGGAAAAUGCAAGAGACUUGAGCAGUGUCCAUCGGUCUAUAAUGAAUUGUUGAAGGGAAAUCCUCCGGUCGCAGUAUGCGGGUUCAUCGGCUUCCAACAACUGGUGUGCUGUCCAUCCACUGUGCAACCCACGACAACUACAACCACUACGGAAGCAACAGUGGUGACCGGAGGUUCUGAACCGCUCUCUGCCAAAAGCAUAUCAAGAUCAAAAUGCGAGGAGUACUCGAGAGCCGUGUACCAACUGGUAAUACCGCCGCUAUUGUCAGUGGAUUCGCAGGCUGUAAAUGUAUCGGUUUGCGCGAUCAAGUCGAGGAAAUUAAUCGUCGGCGGUAAAAAGGCUGAUCCUAAGGAAUUUCCGCAUAUGGCAGCUAUAGGAUUCGAUGGUCCUGAAGGUGUUAUUUUCAGCUGCGGAGGCAGUUUGAUAUCCGAGAGAUACGUGCUCAGCGCGGCGCAUUGCUUCUACAGCGUGGAAUGGGGACCACCGACUUGGGUGCGGGUGGGCGACAUGAAUCUCGAAAGAACCGACGACAAGGCGAAACCUCAGCAAGUUAAAAUAAUCGACAGGCUCAGGCACCCCGACUACAAAAGGCCCGCCAUGUACCACGAUAUUGGGCUGUUAAAAUUAAAGUCGCCUGUGACCUUUGACGCGUGGGUGAGACCACUCUGUUUGCCAUAUUUUGUGCCGGACACUGCCAACGAGAAAGUAGCGACAGCGGUCGGUUGGGGCAAGGUCGAUUGGGGCGAUGAGAACGGCUCGAACGACUUGCUGAAAGUCACUAUCAAUUUGGUAGACAACGACCGAUGUAACCGAAGUGUUCGCGACGACAGGGUAGUUCCACGUGGCGUGAUAGAUAACUGGCAAAUCUGCGCCGGUGAACCUGGAAAAGAUACUUGCCAAGGCGACAGUGGUGGACCUCUGGUGAUCCUGAACCCGGAUUACAACUGCAUGUACAGCAUCCUUGGCGUAACAAGCUUCGGAGGACUUUGUGGUAGCGCCAUUCCUGGUGUAUACGCCCGGGUCUCCCACUAUGUGCCCUGGAUAGAGAAGACUAUUUGGCCAGAGUCAGUGUGACGCGAUAAUUCAAAAGAGAUUGGCGACGAAGUGUGAUUUAUAAUACUUUGUUAAAUAUUCGUCGGUGGUUCACCGUUCUUCCGAACCACUCCUGCGUAUUGACUAGUUACGAGCAGAAUUGACACGACCAUGCUAUCGCACUAUAUAGCAUCAGUACAAUUUUAUAUGAUUUUAUAUUUAUAUGAUUUUUACCACGUCGACUUGUUAUUUCAGAAUCAAGUAAACUACAUAGUCUCCAAGGAAGUAUGACUUGCAUAUUUACUUGCAUAUUUACAAGUAAACGAAUCACGUAAUUAAUACGUUCAGUA